CACUGGUAGUCAUUCAAUUGAUUUACUCGCCCGGUGUUCAUAGACGAGGCAUGCGUUAAACUCAGAGGACUGACCCUGGAAUAUUUACUGAGAUAAUUAUGUUAAACUGAUACACACUUCAAUGUAGCAUAAACCCACGAAGUGGAAUUUAACAGAAUAACUCUGGGUCGAAUGUUUUUACCUUUGUUGUGGCAGGACACAUUUCCUUUUGUCCUCGGUAGUAUUUAACAACCUUUGGCGGUCACCCACCUCAACACGUUUGACACAGGCAACAGCCCAUUUGUUGAGUGGUGUGAGGGCAGUUGGUCGGAGGACUUCGUAAAAUUUUCCUACAACUUCACUUGGGAGAAAAAGCCUGAAAUAAUUUAUAGAGGCAGGCUCCAGUUUGGUCAAUGGGAUGUUAGUGGUCUGGAGGCGUGCCAGGACUGAAGGAGCAUGGUGAAGCACCAACCCCUGCAGGUCUAUGAGAGGCAGCUGUGUUUGUCAUGUCUCACAGGGAUUUAUGGAUGCCGCUGGAAACGGUACCAGCGCUCACAUGAUGACACCACCAAGUGGGAGUUCCUGUGGUCUCUCAUCCUCUUCUUCACCUUCUCUCUGCUCCUGGUCUGGUUCUACUUCUGGUGGGAGGCACACAAUGACUACAAUGAGUUCAACUGGUUUUUAUAUAACCGUUCUGGAGAGUGGAUCGACGGGACUGUUCCAAUCCUAGCCACUACUGCUGCCGGCUUCACUUAUAUUGCAUUUUUAAUGAUUUUAGCACUUUGCCACAUAGCAGUGGGACAACAGCUGAACUUGCACUGGCUGCACAAGAUAGGUGUCAGUACUGCCCUGCUGACCACUGCCAUCGGAUUCAUAUCUGUCAAUCAAACAUGGGGGGAGGAGUGGGCAGUCCUCCCUAUAUCACUCCAGGCCACAGGUCCCUUCCUACACCUAGGAGCCCUGGUGGCUGUCACCGCUCUGGCCUGGCUGGUGGCUGGGCAGGUCGCCCGCUCAGAGAAAACAAUGUUUCAGGUGGUGGUUCUCCUGCUCUACCUAAGUGUUCUACUGGGCCUCUACAUGGCCCCCCUUUCCAUCACCUCCCCCUGCAUCAUGGACCACGCCAACCUCACACCACGCCCUGACGUCAUUGGACACCAGGGCGCACCCAUGCUGGCUCCAGAGAACACCAUCCUGUCCUUCCAGAGGGCUCUGCAGAUGAACGUCAGUGGGCUGGAGGCUGACGUGGCCAUCAGCCUUGACGGGGUGCCAUUUCUGAUGCGAGACCGCACCUUGAGGAGGACUACAGAUGUGGAGAAGGUGUUUCCUGACAGACAGCUGGACGAUGCCUCCUCCUUUAACUGGACAGACUUACACAGCCUCAAUGCCGGCCAGUGGUUCCUCAAGGAAGACCCAUUCUGGACGGUCCAGUCCAUGGCUCAGAGGGAGGUGAUGCUGGUGGGGAACCAGAGUGUGUGUAGUCUGGAGCAGCUGCUGAGGCUUGCCACCCUCCAUAACCACACAGUGGUGUUCGACCUGCGCCGACCCCCGCACGGACACCCCUGCUACCACAGCUGGAUAAACGAUACCCUGGGGGUCAUACUCCUGUCUGGGAUUCCACAGCACCUGGUGAUGUGGACCCCAGACUGGGGACAGGGGGCAGGUAAGACAGGUGGCUCCAGGGCUGCAGCAGAUGUCAGUAGAGAAGCUGCCUCCUCAGGUCCUUCACCAGCAGGGAAUCAGCAGACUACUGUUACGUUACAGCCAGGCCAGCCCAGAUGACAUCCGAGAGUUCUCCAGGAGCAAUGUGAGUGUGACUCUGUACACAGUCAACGAGCCCUGGCUGUUCUCUGUACUCUGGUGCAGCGGGGUCUCCUCUGUCUCCUCUGAAGCCCCCAACAUCCUCAGAAAGGUGCCUUACCCCAUCUGGCUCAUGUAAGUCCAUCACAGCACCCUCUAGCACCCCACCAUUACUCCUACGCCAUUACUCCUACAGCACCCACACACAAUUACCCCCACACCAUUACUCCUACAGCACCCCCACACCAGUACUUCUACAGCACCCACAUUGCCCCAGGCCAUCUUGGCACUCCUCUCUGGGUUAGCAGACUGACUCCCAGCAGGGAACACUAUGUGUGGUGAAGACUACAGUAUAGAGCCCGUCCAUGGAGUUCAGGAAAGCCCUGUAUUUACCCACCUGUCUCUCUCUGUCUGCUAGCUAGUCAAUAUGGC